AGAACUUAAGUUCUCAUUCUCUCUCCUCUUUCUUGUUCUUGUUCUUCAUCUUCUUCUCUCUCUGCCCAUGGCCGCGUUAACCUAUAGCCGCUUCAUGGAUCACUCUCUGUUCUAGUUCACAAUCUCUCAUCACAAACUACCUAAUCGUUCACUUCUGCUUGACAGCAUGGAGUAACAUUUGUAUGGUUUUGUUUUCUGUCUUCAACAUAUGAGAGUAUUUUCUGACUUAAAAGAGUAUUCAUCGCUGGAAAGGAGGAUGUAUCAUGAAUAAUAAUACUGUAAAUGCUUUGAAGCGUUGUUUCUUGUAAUUCUUUUGCUUGAUUUGAAAUCACGUUUCUAAGAAAUGGACAACAAUGGACAACGUGAGAAUGGCAUGUAUAGAAUGGACUACUACAAAGGGAUGCACGUUCAGCAAUGGAAUAUGAUGCCUCAGUUUCAGGCGAAGGAGCAAAAUGCUCUCGUGAUGAACAAAAAGAUCAUGCAAAUCCUUUCCGAGAAGGAUUCUGCCAUCGAAGAACUAAACCGAGCGAUUUCGGAAAAGAACUCAGCCUUAGACGAGCGAAACGAGGCCAUCAAGCAGCGCGAUUCAGCCGUGGCCACACGCGAUUCAGCCAUAAGGGAACGCGACAGCGCAAUGGCAGCCCUCCGUUUCCACGAAAGCACAUUGGGCAAUGGAAACCCUAGAGGAACAAAACGCGCACACCCCAUGUCAGAAGUCAGUUACAGAAAUGCUACGAAACAUCCGAAGAAGGAGGAGGAGGAUAAGGAAAAGACAAUUCUAUCCAAGUCAACAUCAUCGAAGAAGGUGAAGAAAGUUGGGGAGGAUUUGAACUCGAAAGCUGAGUUGGACGGUCAGGAUCUAGGUUUGAUUCAUGAGGUCAGUUUUGACGAGUCAACCAUGCCUUCUCCUGUUUGCUCUUGUACUGGAAUUCCUCGACAGUGUUAUAAAGGAGGGAAUGGAGGUUGGCAGUCGGCUUGUUGCACGACCCACAUGUCAGUUUAUCCUUUACCACAAAGACCUAACAGGCGACAUGCCCGAGUGGGGGGCAGGAAAAUGAGUAGAAGUGUUUUUAACAGAUUGCUUAGCCGCUUAUCAGCUGAGGGACAAGACUUGUCUUUGGCUGUCGAUCUGAAGGAUUAUUGGGCUAAACACGGACAUGCGGUUAACAUAUAUCGGUAGGAUUGAUGUGGGAUUGCUUGAACGAGUUUCUUUGACAACUAUUUCGAGUCUAAACACAGUAGAAAGUGAUGAAGUUUGUUCUACUUUGGUUCUACUGUUUUUUUUAAAACUAUUUUACCAGCUGCCUCUAUCGGAUUUGUAAGGAAUGACUAGUUUGUUGAAAUUGGUAAGAAUGCUUUUGUUAUGAUUCUUAUUUUCAUUUUUAUGUGAAGUGUUGUAUCAACCUUCAUAACAAAUUAUUGUUCCAACUUUAUAGUCUGAAAGCUGUCUUAAUGUUUUAUGUGAAAUUUAUAUUUUGUGUUUUCUAU